AUACAAAACUGGGCUAUCAGUACAUAUAUCUUUCGUCGCUUGGUCUGAUGGGGGGUAUCCAUUGCGCUUGCGCACCAAUCCUCAUGCUUGUUUUCUUCAUUGGUUUCUGAGAUCCACGUAACAACCCGGAAGUCAACUUUUCCCAUUCCUAGCAUUCCAAACGCUGCUUUCACGAACAAAUUCUGUACCUCAAAGGAUAGUUGCGCAUAAAAGGGGCACGACAGUCUUCCUACUCAUAUAACGUCUAGGCUUCAACUGCUUCCAUCUAACGAGCAUUUUGGCAAGCUUAGUUAGAAAUCAAACCAAAGAACAAUCAUUACCUAUCAAAUCCCACUCGGCUAGAGAGAUGACGCCCAGCCUUGUAGAGCCCGCAAUUUCAAAGCAUCAAGAGUCCUACCAGUACCUAUGUUUGACAACUCACGCAGGACCCCAAGACGAACCCCACUCAGACGCCGCGUCAGUCCAAACCCAGCAUCUCAGCCCAGACAAUAGCUUCUCUGGGGAAAGGGCCAAUGAGCCGCCCGUUCAGGAAAUUCCAGCAGACAGUGACCGACAACAUGUUUGUCGGGCCCGUCGACUGCCUCUUGAGCUUCGUUUCACCCCAGUGAACUCUCCUACCGAUAAUUCUGGGCCUGUUAAGCCCAGUCGCUCGGAGAAUGCGAUCACGCCGCAGCUCUCGAGGAAAGACCAUCGGCACCAUGCGAGGCAUUGUCGUCUCAUAGGCUUUACGCCACUCGCCGAAGAUAUCCCUGCAAGCUCUUCUGACGAAAAUUCUACUCAAUUUCUAGGGCCCCGCAAGGUUAAAGCCAAGGAAGUGGCGCCGUGCGCUCUGCUCUACAAGCGUUCAGAUGUCUUCGUCAGCUCCGAAAUGAAAAGCCAAAAUAUCCUGGCCUACAGCGAGAACCAUUACCGAAACCUGCGCUUCGAUGAUGAGAUCUCGAUCAGCGAAAUAGAAUACGCUCCUCAGCCCACCAAUCAGGUCGACAAACGCUUUCAGUCACCAACAGAUUCGAAGGAUGUCGAAAGCUUCACAGUGAAGGAAAGCGACAUGAAGGUCCACCUGGAGCCGCUGUGCAUAGACCGAGAGCCCAUUGUACACGCUUUCCCCAAAGAUCGAUUGACUAGUAUACCUCUGACAUCGGAAUCCGAGCCUGGAUCUCAUUUCAGUUACGAUCACUUCCACCUCUUUGGCGAUGAAACUGAGAGUCCACUCACUACUGGUAGUGGGGCCGAGCAUAGUCUCACCUGGGAAAGUCCCUACAAGCCUACUGGAGCGAGCUCUGACCUAGAGCAAUCGAUUUCAAGUAUCAACUCGUCUGGUAUACAAUCCAGCUUGUGGGAUACCACUCUUUCCUCGUUGACAAGAGCUACCUCACCAGUUUCAUCAAUCUAUUCGAGCGUAAUGCCGAUUUAUGACCACCAACUGGUUAAAACAUCUUCCGAGGAAAGAUGCCCCCAAUCCGAGUGCAAAUUGGUGGGAUUUCCUCAUUUAACGAUGAAUACUGGAAAUGAAUCGGCGAAGAGUUCAAUGGCCCAAGAAGCCUUUGACUGGGAAGAAGAUCAUGGUAGCUUGGCCGACGAUGAAAAUGAUUCGGAUUGUUCCAGUAUUCAACUCGAAUCGGAUGAUGAUCGAGAAUUGAGUGGCUACACCGCUACUUGCUUCCAAAUGAUCCCUUCCGCUUCACUCGCCGGUUUCAGUAAGAAGGGUAGUGUUGUGUUGAAAAAAUAGGUCUGGUGAAAUUACCCACAGGGACGAAGCUCUCUCUCCGAUUUGCUUAAGACUUGUAAUCUACCAGAGGAAAUCUUGUAACUGUACCUUGCCAUGCUAAAUCUUGAAGCUUCAAUCAGAAAGGAGAAUGUCUGCACUGGUUUCAAUAUUCCACCCCGUAAAUCUUUCCACUCUUGGAGAGUUUUUGACAACCUGAAUCAUGUGAUACUUGAUUUAUCUAUGUCCACAAAUACUUCUGUUCAUGACUUUAACAUUCAUGCUGAAAAACCAACACUAUAUAACCACCCCUUCUGAAACCACAUCCAGACUGUCAGGUGCUCAUGUCAUAUUGCUUUUUCAGGGAAAAUCUCCUGGCAAACCCUCCUGGUGAAACUGCAUGAAAGCUGCCAGCACUCCACCUUACAAUCCCAAGAGGUUUUCUGUGCCAUCAGUGCCCACAUUGAUUCUACAUGAUAUGCCAAAAUGCCUUUUUGAACUCAACUCCCGCAUCUACCUGAAUAUUACCUCUUUGCAUCCUUUUCUUUUAUUUUCUUAUUGUUAUUGUUGUUUUUAUACAUGCCUUUAAACUUGAAUGUAGCACCAAUGAUUCACAUUAUAAACUCCAGUCCAUCUCCCAAACAGCGGAAUGGUGAGUCAAAUAUCCAU